AUGUCGAAGAGCCGCUGCACGGAUGUGAUUACGUGCCGUCUGAUGAUCAUCGUCGCGUUGAUCGGAUCGUACGACAACAACUGCAACUACUGUCGGGCAGCGCAAUCAGUGACCGCCACGAACUACCCACCGUACGUGCACCAAGACCAGUACUUCCGGUCGGACGGACUUCGGGACGGCAGCAGCUUCGCAAUCCAGGCCCCGGACGACGGAAACCGGACGGAAGUGCAACGAUUACUGGAGCGCACUUCGAACAUCGUGUCCAAGUUCCUGCCGUUCGUCACUACGGCCGAUGUGCACACGCAAUGCUACAAGCACACCGCCGUGUAUCUGACGCAACUCGACGACUUUCAGCUUUGGGCGACAAAAAUGUUUGACGCGUCUGCUAAAUUUAUACCGACUGGUUGGUUUGACGGAUCCACGUACAAUCUUGGGAACUUUGAUGAGUGCGUCGACGUCGAAGUAUUUGAACGCGAUGAUUAUAUACAAGGACAAUACUGUCUGGUAGAAAUCGAAAUAAAUCCCAUAGCUCAUUCCAAAUUUAGAUCACGUAAACACGUUUUUAAUGAAUCCUCGUGGGAUACACUGCAAGGAUUAGCAUUCGACCCGAACAAAAGUAUGCGGAACCGAAUUUACAUAGCUUACUGUGUACCACACACGUGCAACAGAGGAGACGUGUCGAAACACAUGGAAGGUAUCCUCCGGGAUAUCCCUCAGAAAAAAAUAACGACCAGCGUAGGGACCGUCAAGUGUCAGACGAAUACUGCAUUACCGUGGACCUGGGGAGAUUAUACAUUUUUGUCAAUAAUCGGAGUCUCCUUAGUUUUCAUUGGUAUGAGUACCUAUUAUGACUUGUUUACUUCAAUGUCUUCAUUCGAGCAUUUUAAGUUUUCCGAAAAAUCGAAAAAACAUCUCAUACUCCAGUCGUUUUCAUUAUCGAAAAACGUCCGCAAGUUGCUUACUUUCCCGAAGACAUCAGACAACCUAGAAUGCAUUCAUGGACUGAAAUUUAUAUCGAUGUGUUUCAUUAUUGUAGGGCAUCGUUUUAUGUUCUCUUUAGGCUCGCCAAUAAUGAACACCAAUUUUAUUGAAUACUUUUAUAGCAAACUUGAAGCCAUGGUCAUACUUAACGGACCCAUACUAGUGGAUACAUUUUUCAUAAUAAGUGGCUUCCUUGCAUGUUACUUACUAUUGGAACAUAUCCAAAAGAACCCAAAAGCUUUUCAAAUACCACUUUUUUACAUACACCGUUAUGUGAGGUUGACACCAGUUUACGCAAUAGUGAUUGGAUUUUACUGUACGAUGUUUAUAAAAAUAGGAUCAGGACCUCUGUGGAACGAGAAAGUGGGCUUGGAAGUAGAGAGGUGUCACGAAAGCUGGUGGACCAACAUACUCUACAUAAACAAUUACAUUAAACCGCAAAAAUUGUGCAUGAUACAGUCUUGGUACAUCGCAUGUGACACGCACUUGUUCCUGACAGCCCCAAUCAUCGUCAGUCUUUUGUACCACAGACCGAAAAUCGGAAACUCUGUGCUGGCACUCAUAUUGGCCGCAUCGAUUUUCACUACUUUCUUCGUCACGUAUUCGGGAAAACUGGACGCCUUCCUGUUGGUGCACAUCAAGACACUGCGAAAUCCCAUCGCCAACAAAACGUUCCGCAGCCUCUACAUACCGACGCACACGAGAGCCACGCCGUACUAUGUCGGCAUGAUGACGGGCUUGGUACGGCACAAGAUGAAAAACACGUCCUACAAAAUCAACAAAUACGUGGUAUGGUCGAGUUGGAUCGUUUCGAUAGUCCUCAUAUUCGGCACGCUGUUCUCGGCCUGGUGGUUCUACAAGCCUAACUACAAGUACGACGCAUUUGUUGCCGCUCUGUACGGCGCACUGUACCGCAUCACGUGGGCAGCAGGGGUCAGUUGGACAAUCAUCGCAGUAUCCACCGGUAACGGAGGUUUUAUCGAACCCAUCCUGUGCUGGAAACCAGUAAUAACGCUGAGUCGGUUGACGUACUGCGCAUUCUUGUGCCACGGUGGACUCCAGUUGUAUACAGUCGGCUCCAUUCGGACACCAUUUCACGCGUCAAUCUAUAACCUGGUGUGGUUGUCGCUUGGAGACAUCACCCUAUCGUUCCUGACGGCUUUCUGUUUGACAUUACUCUACGAAUCGCCCAUAAUCGGCUUGGAAAAAAUUUUCUUCAAUUCAGGUAAUAAAUCUCGUUAUGUAGACGACAUAACGACGAAGAUAAGCAAUAUAAACGUAAAACCAGAAAAAUUUAAACAAAUGACAGCUCCGUAGUCCAAUUAAGACAAUAACAUUUAAGAUUUUAACUGGCAUGGAACCUCAGUUCCUCCACGUUUUUAUUUUAUAUUAUGUUCUUUUACAAUUUACCUACUCAUACUAUAUAUUUUUUAACCAUCCAUCUAACUAUAAUUUCGUGUAAAAACUAGA